AUGAGGAUGGCGAUUCCGUCGAAAAUAAAACUGGAAAUAACUUUACGUUAUUUAGCUACUGGGGAUUCAUUUAAGUCUUUACAAUAUCUUUUUCGCGUUUCUGAAUGUACAAUUUCAGUAUUUUUACCCGAUGUACUUACUGCGAUUUCUCAAGUGUUGGAACCAUUUAUUAAGGUGCCUGCGACUGCUGAUGAAUGGGGGAAAAUAAAGGAUACAUUUUUUCAUCGUUGGAAUUUUCCAAUGUGUUGUGGUGCAAUCGACGGAAAACAUGUGAUAAUUAAACGACCUCCUGGUUCUGGCUCAUCAUUUUAUAAUUAUAAAAAAACCUAUAGUGUUAUAUUGUUUGCAAUGGUUGACGGUGAUUAUUUAUUGUUUUACAUACAUCGAUAUAGGAGCUAA